GCAAAUUCUGGGCCUAAGCCCAUGUUAGUACAUAGAAAAACCCUAGCAGUAUAUUACUCCUCCCAGCUUCUCUAUUUGUAGUCUGCUAGCGCUUCUACUCCUUCAGAUCGCCGAAAAUGCCGUUCAAGAGGUUCGUGGAGAUUGGAAGGGUAGCCCUAAUCAACUAUGGAAAGGAUUAUGGAAGGCUCGUUGUUAUUGUCGACGUCAUCGACCAAAAUAGGGCUCUUGUUGAUGCUCCAGACAUGGUGAGGAGCCAGAUGAACUUCAAGAGGCUUUCACUUACAGAUAUCAAAAUUGACAUCAAAAGAAUUCCAAAGAAGAAGACCCUGGUUGAGGCUAUGGAAGCUGCUGAUGUGAAGACCAAGUGGGAGAACAGUUCAUGGGGAAGGAAGUUGAUAGUGCAGAAGAGGAGGGCUGCACUUAACGAUUUUGACAGGUUCAAGCUUAUGCUGGCAAAGAUUAAGAGAGCUGGAGUUGUGAGACAGGAGCUGGCAAAACUUAAGAAGGUUGCUGCUUGAGAACUAUCUGAUCAGUGAAAUUGAUAUAUAGGAUUUUUGGAUCUUGUAUUUUGUUUAGCUUUGAGGGAUGUUAUUUAGAACAAGUCUGUUAUAUUUCAUGCCUUGCAAUAUUUAAGACUUUUUGAGAUCAUUUUUGUCUGAGAUUUUUUGCUUAAUUAUGAUGGGAAGCUACCAACUUCU